UAAACUAGCUUGCAAAAUUAAGGAUUAAUUUAAUAAUUAAUGUUUUUAAUUUCUAUGCUCGGAUGAUGUUUAACGAAGCAGGCUUUGGUUUGCAGCAGAUUCUCACCACAACCAUGUGAGGUCAGUUGGGUUUUAUCCAAUGCAGGAGGGCACUGCACCCUUCUAUGCGCACAACGAGCAAUGCUUACCAGAGUGUGCAUGGAUGGGUUGGUGAAAGGACCUUCGAACACCGUAGCCUAUGGUGGUGUGUGUCGAGAUUCAGAUGGUAGGUGAGUGUUUAGUUUUUGUCGGAACAUUGAGUCUUCUAAUGUGCUUUGGGUUGAGUUAUGAACAAAUCUUCACUACCCCAAGUCAUGCUUGGACCAUCGGCUAUCCAAAAUUGUCGUCGAAGUGAUUAUCACAUUAUGGUCAAUUUGAUUAAUGAAGGUUGUAAUCAGAUUUAUUGACUAUGUAAAAAAUCUUUACACCAUCAUGCAUCAAAAUGAAACUCAAAACAAUUACAUAAUUUAUUAUAUUUUGAAUAAUCAUGAUAUAUAAGGUUUGUUUCGUAGGGUUUAGUAGGGAGCAGAGCUGAAAUCACAUUUUGAGAACUCUCUCACUCUCUUCCCCCGCAAAAUCCACGCACCAUUGAUAUCUGCAUAGUAUACCAUGUUCAAUUUCCAUCGCUACAGAGCCCUUCUUCUCCAUUUCAACCCCCCAAAACCAUGCCCCCUUUUGCCAUUUCCAUUCCCAUCUUCUCUGAACUUGAAUCUCUGCACAAGUACAACCACUUCACAAUCAGAAUCAGAGUCAUUCAGAGUGUCCUACUUGAUCAACAAUCUAGGCUUCACCCCUGAAGCUGCUCACAAAGCUUCCAAAAAACUUCAUUUCAACACCCCAGAGAGGCCUGAAUCGUUCUUCAACCUCUUCAGAAGCCAUGGAUUCUCAGACUCCAACAUACGCCACAUCCUCAGAAAGGAACCAUGGCUGCUCUCGUCACGCCCCCACAUUUCCAUUUUGCCUAAGUUUGAAUUCUUCCUCUCUAAAGGCGCUUCAGCCUCUGACAUUGUUCGCUUGUUGACGGCGAACCCAAAUACCCUACGUAGAAACUUGGAGAACUGUAUAAUCCCUCAGCAUGAGUUGUUUAAGAGGUUUCUGAAAUCUGAUAAGCAAACCACUGCUUUCAUAAUUCGCUUCUCGAUUUCCCUGCAUUAUAAGGCGUUCAUGGCUAAUCUCAAUUUGAUGAUUGAUUAUGGUGUGUGUGAUUCCAGCAUUGCCGGAUUGCUUCUCACGCGGCCGCGUGUAUUGAGCUCAGAUAACUUGCUUGAGUCAUUGGAGGAAGUGAAGGGUUUGGGGUUUGAUCCUUCAAAAACCACUUUUGGUGUGGCAUUGAGGGCUUUGAAAGUUGUCACAAAAAACAAAUGGGAUGAGAAAGUUGAUACCUUUAAGAAAUGGGGCUGGUCUCAUGAGUCUGUUCUUCGAGCAUUUAGGAAGCAGCCUCAUAUGAUGCUGCAAUCUAGUGAUAAGAUUAAUUUGGUUUUGAGUUUUUGGGUUAAUCAGAUGGGUUGGGAUUCCUUAGCUCUUGUCAAAGGGCCAGGAAUUUUUGCUUAUAAUCUACAGAAAAGGAUCAUUCCAAGGGCUGCAGUUCUGCAAUUUCUUCUUAAGAAAGGUUUGCGAAAAAAGAAUUCAAGCUUAAUUAAGCCAUUUAGCAUGCCAGAGGAGGAGUUUCUGAACAAGUUUGUUCUCUGUUUUGUGGAGGAGUCUGCUUGUCUAUUGAAGCUGUAUAAGGAUAAAAUGAGUCUUGCAUCCACCAAGGAGAGCACUGUUAUACCAUUGACCAAACAUGUACCUCCUUAAGCUUCUUUUGUAGUUUAGCCUCACUUGCAUCUUCUUUGAUCUUACAUGCUUGUUCUGUAUAGUCCAUAGUUGGGGCUAGUUUAGCUGAUUUGUUUAAUUUGCUAACUUAGACUACUGUUGGUUUGUAAUAGUUCUAUCUGUCCUGCACAUGGUCAGGGAAUGCUUUUCUGAUGGUAUUAGUUCUCCUUCCACCUUGAUUAAGGCUUUAAGCAUUACACUAGCAAGUACUUUUUCUCACUACUCUUCUUUGGCUUUAAGCAUUACACAUUGUGUUUCUGUUACUGAUGCAUAAUGUGAUUAAACAGUAUGUGAAC